AAAUGCCCUAUAUUUCAACGGUACUGUGCUGCGAUGAUGAAAGCCCAAAAAAAACCAAAAACAAAGGCCCAAACGGUCUACUCUUACUUCGCACACCAAUGUUUUGUGCUCUGAGCCUCUGAGUCCUGAGUGUCCGACCUCUGAAGAAAGAAAGACUUGUAGAGAUGGGAGCCUUGAUCGCUAUGUUGGUGGUGUUUGGGGUGGUAGUACCUUUAGGCGCAUCGAAAGAGCAGCUGAGCACUAGGGAAUGUGAGAAUCUUGGCUUCACAGGGCUGGCUUUGUGCUCGGAUUGUAACAGUUUGGCUGAGUACGUUAAAGACCAAGAGUUGGUAUCGGACUGUAGGAAGUGUUGCACUGAGGAUUCUGAUGAUUCCAUCAGCAAGGUUACCUAUUCUGGUGCCAUUCUGGAGGUCUGCAUGAGGAAACUGGUAUUCUAUCCGGAAAUCGUUGGCUUCAUUGAAGAAGAGAAGGAUCGGUUUCCUUCGGUCAAAGUUCAAUACAUUUUCAACUCUCCACCAAAGUUGAUCUUGCUAGAUGAUGCAGAUGAACACAAGGAAACAAUAAGGAUUGACAAUUGGAAGCGUGAACAUAUACUGCAGUUUCUGCAAGGGAAGGUAAAGCGUUCUUCAGCAAUCUGAAUGCUUGUAAUCCUCUGUCACUGCCUUAAUCUGUAUCUUAACUGUCAUGUAUUUCUAAAGAACUGUGGUACUGGACAAAUGAAUCUUCUUCCUUUUUUGCUUGCUGUGUGUGCAUUCUUGAAUCUUGAUACAAUAAACUUGACAUGACCUGACUCUGGCUUAUUGCUUUAAGGGGUUGGGGGCAACUUUGCUCAAACUUAA